CUCGCUCUGAUGCGGUUUCACCUUGGGUGGCCCAUCGCCAAUGUCCUGCUAGAAUCCAGAUUGCCUGAUAGGCUACGAUCCAGAUUCCCUACCUGCUAAAAGGAGUAGGAGGAGUAGGAUGGAGUGCGGUCAUGAGCGGCGCGUUCCGCCGGCCUUCUGCAAACUUGCAGCUCCAAUAAUCUGGAUAUCCAUCAACCUGCUGCUUCGAAUCGGCGAUCUGCAAUUUCACCACUCCUCUUCGCCCCUGAUGGCUUGAAUAUAAAUACGGGGCCAGACAUCACAUCCGGUCUCCCCCUUCCCCAGCACCAGAACCGUUCACUAGUUUUAUACAGAACACAGGACACAUAACCGAAUUAAUCAAAAUGAAGCUCACUCUCGCCUCCUCCCUCCUUCCCCUCCUGGCCGCCGCCGCCCCCUCCUCCAAGGUCACCCGGGAUACCGCUGCCUUCGGCGUCAUGUCUGCCCGCUCUGGCUCCCCCAUCCACCUGUUGCCUCUCAACGCCGCCGGCAGCGCCUUCUACCUAGGCGGCGAGACCGAGUCCUACUGUCCCUUCGGCAACAGCAGCGCCCUCUGCCCCCCGGGAACUGAGACCGUUUUCGCAGGCUCGGGUUCCGGCUUGAGCGUCGAAGUCCCCGGCGGCCAGGAAGUCUACGUCAACCCUUCCGGCGCCCUGUCCUUCACCGUCCCCCACUCGGCCUACAUCCCCGCCGGCUCUUCCCUGGGGCCCUUCGUCUACACCCCUGGGACUGAGUUCGGAUCAUGGACCUUCAACGGCUGGGGCGCCUCCGGCUUCAUGGCCUGUCCCACCGAGGACAGCAAGUGGCAGGUGUUUGCCGCCGUGAGCAAUGCCACCGUGCCCAGUGGCAAUGUGGAUGACUGCUUGGGUUUUGAUGCCCUGGGUGUCCCGACCAACGGCACUGCCGCCGCUUGGGAGUACCUUUAAUUUAAUCUGAGGGGUUGGUAGUACUGCCUCCCUAUGUCUGCCUGUUUUAACGAAUGUACAUACUACUACGAGUGAUUGGAUUUGGUGUCUAAAU